CAUGGCGACGGAGGCGCUGCCGUAAAGCUAUAGCCUAGGGGCGUCGCGCGGAGCCGGUUUGACCCCAGUGCCGGGGGCAGUUGUCAUUGGAGUUGGGGACGCGGAGCGAGUGUGGUGAUCGCCUCCGCGCUCCCUGCCUCCUUACCCGCCCGGCGCCCGACACCCCCCUGCCGCCAUGGCGGGGGUGCUGGCCCGCAGAGCCGCGGACUAUGUGCGGAGCAAGGACUUCAGGGACUAUCUGAUGAGUACGCACUUUUGGGGACCGGUAGCCAACUGGGGACUCCCUAUUGCUGCUAUUAAUGACAUGAAGAAAUCUCCAGAGAUCAUUAGUGGCCGAAUGACAUUUGCACUGUGUUGUUACUCUUUGACUUUUAUGAGAUUUGCCUACAAGGUACAGCCAAGAAACUGGCUUCUGUUUGCAUGUCACUUCACUAAUGAAAUCGCACAGCUAAUCCAAGGAGGACGACUGAUGAAAUACAGGAUGGAAAAGAAGAACUAAAUAUCUUUAUCUGGGAAAAACAGGGAACGUGCUCCUCAUCAUGAAUUACAACAAAGGAAGAGCUCUACAGUUGCUGUGAUGCAGACUUUUGCAUUUUCUUCUCCAUCAUAAAAUUCAUCAUGAAUACAAGAUCUUGCCAACACAAAACACAUCAUCCCUCCACUAAAUUUUGUAGCCUGCCUUUUUUGUAAAGUACUCUUCCGAAUGUAGACAAUUACAUCUAGCUCUUUGCUGCCUUACAAGUACUGACUUUACUUUUCUAUUAAUGAAAUUACUUAUCCAAAUCAUGUGUUCAAUAACUUUUUUAAAAAGAUGAGAACUUUUGUUUUUAUUUAACCAGCUACAUAACUGAAUGGCACAGGACCAUUUCAUGCAUCUUAAGCCUGCUAGAUCAAUAUGAACGUAGAGGUCAGUAAGACACAAUUGUAGAUGGUGUAAUUGUUCUGCAUAUUUAAAUAUUUUAAAAACCAUUUAACAUAGUACUUGCGGAGCAUCCAUUCCUGACUGUUUCAUCAUUAAAAUUUAUACCAGACUUCAGCAAGACAUUGCUGAUCUAAAAGUAUGCAUUUGCAGGCUUGCCAGGUCACUCAUUGCAUGUGUGUUUUCAGUAAUGUGACUAAUGGAUUUUACCUGAAAGGGCAUGUUAUUUACUUUUUUUACAUAAUUCCAGGUCCCUAGAAUCACCUUGAGAGAAGCAAGAAUUUCUUGUAAAUCAAAGGAGGGUAACAGGGUUACAAACAUGCAUAUUUAAGAAGCUUGGAAUGUUGUGGAUUUUUAUAUUUUGUUAAACAUAUUCAUUUUGUGCACGUGGGCCUCUGAAGGUCGCUCCGGUCUUUAUUCAGGCAAAAAAAAAAACUUCCCUUUACUUCAGUGGGAGCCUUGUCAGGGUAAGAUCUGAAGGAUAAAACUCCAUUGUCUGUUUUCCUCCACAUUGUGGCAGUCCAAGUGUGUGGGUGUGGGUUCCCCCCCGCUUACUUCAUCACACUUGCUUGAAAGUGGCAUCAACAACUGCAAAUAAUGCAUACAACAUAAAUAAUGUAUGUGACAGACAUAAUUUUAUUAUCAGUAAAAUGAUUUUGGACAGUAAAAUCUGUGUCCCAACUAAAUAUGUACUGUCAAAGUUUUAAUCAAAAUAAUGGCAAUAAAUUUCAAUAAAAUUCUGAUGCAAG